CCCAAGAACGAGAGGCCGUAAAACCAUGCAUGCUCGGAGCAAUCCGUGAUGCCAACUGCAUGUUAGGCAUGUAGCUUAAUUUUAUUCGAUCUGUUCUCUUCCAGAUCGAGCUGAGGUAAGGUACCGACGCAGCCAUGCCACUGCGUUUAGCCGCUCUGCUUCUCCUGGCUACUACGGCGACGUGGACCGCAGGGGUCACCGCCGCUGCCGCCGGCCGCGUCUUCAAUGUGUCGGACUUCGGCGCGGUCGCGGACGGGCGCACGGACGACUCCGAGGCCUUCCUGAGGGCGUGGACGGAGGCGUGCGCGACGCCGGGGAGGCCGGCGGUCGUGGUCCCCAGGGGCGACUACCUGCUCCACCCGCUGGUGUUCCGGGGCCCGUGCAGGGGCUACGUGGAGGUCCACGUCGGUGGCGUCCUCCGCGCGCCGCCGGGGCUCGCCGCCUUCCGUGGCUGCCGCGAGUGGGUCCACUUCUCCAGCAUCGACGGGCUGCUGGUCACCGGCGGCGGCACGUUCGAUGGCCGCGGCGCCACCGCGUGGCCGCUCAAUGAGUGCCCGCAGAAGCGCGACUGCAGGCUUCUCCCAACCUCCAUCAAGCUCGGGCUGGUGAGGAACGCGACCAUCACGGGCGUGACGUCGCUGGACAGCAAGUUCUUCCACGUGGCCGUGGUGGGCAGCCAGGACGUGCGCAUCCACGGCGUCAGCAUCCGCGCGCCGCGCAGCAGCCCGAACACGGACGGCGUGCACAUCCAGGGCUCGUCGAACGUGCGCGUGACGGACUCGGCCGUGGCCACGGGCGACGAUUGCGUGUCCGUGGGGCCGGGCAGCUCGGACGUGCUGGUGUCCGGAGUGGCGUGCGGCCCGGGCCACGGCAUCAGCGUGGGCAGCCUGGGCCGGUACCCCGGCGAGGGGGACGUGCGGCGGCUGCGCGUGGCCAACUGCACCGUCGCCGGCACGUCCAACGGCGUGCGCAUCAAGACGUGGCGCGGCGGGUCGUGGCCGCCCACGGCCGUGGCCGGGCUCGUCUUCGAGGACAUCGUCAUGAGGAAGGUCCGCAACCCCAUCAUCAUCGACCAGGAGUACUGCCCCUACCCGUCCUGCCGCGAGUCGGAGCAGCGGCCGUCGGCGGUGAGGAUAAGCGACGUCAAGUUCAGGAACAUCCGGGGCGAGUCGGCGACCAAGGUGGCCGUGAAGCUGUCGUGCAGCGAGGCCAGCCCGUGCCGGGAGCUGGAGCUUAGGGACAUCGACCUGCGCUACGUCAAGCGCGGGGUCGCCACGCAGUCGCGCUGCGCGCACGUCGCCGGCGGUGUGGUCGGCGGCACGCUGGUCCCUCCCUCUUGCAUAUGAACGCCGGCCGCUCGCUCGCGCUACGUCAAGAGAUGGCUUGCUGCUGACUAGCUAUGUGGACUGAAAUACGGGUUAGCUAGUGAAAGAACGAUGUACGGGCACAACAGUGCCGUAUUGUAGGUUGUAGUCGAGUUUUUUUUUUCUUGAAUUUUGUGGCUAGUAGUGGUUCUCACCUCCGCUCCAACGCGACCUGGAUUUGCUGACGACUCAGCUGUUGACUGCAUCUGGAUCUCGUCACCCUCCAGGAUGAUAGGAUAUAUGCAUGUGCUCAAUGUAGAAAUGGAGCUCAAAUCCUGAAAUUUGCGAAGCAGUAGAACUUCUUCAGUC